GAGGAGGAGACCGGGGAGCGGAGUCCGGACUGCGGGGAUAAACAAACACACGCAGGGGGAAGCUGACCUUCCUCACGGAACCAGCGCACGGUCCAGCCGGGUUGAGCCAGGGGACGUCGCCCCGUCUCCUUCCCCCUCUCUCCCCUCCUCGGAGUCGGCUUACGUGACGCGGUACCCGUCCCGGCUGCGGCGGCGAGGCGAGCCCGGAGACAUGACGGAGCUGAGGAGGCGAGCCGGCGGAGACCCGGACAGCACCGACAACGCCAGCGACAAGGAGACGUACGGUGACGACAGGCUGAGCCUGCCGGGGGAUGCGGAGGGUGAAUGUGAGGGCGACUCCAAAGCAGACACUCCCGAUGUCCCUCCGUCCACAGCCGACACCGACAACACUCCACAGUGUCUGAACAAAGCUCUGGAGGGGCUGCCGCCCAGAUGGAAGAACUACUGGAUCCGAGGAGUUCUGUCUUUAGCCAUGAUCUCUGGCUUCUUCCUCAUCAUCUACAUGGGACCCGUCGCUCUCAUCCUCAUCGUGAUGACCGUGCAAAUCAAGUGUUUCCAUGAAAUCAUCACCAUCGGAUACAGAGUUUACCGCUCCUACGAGCUGCCUUGGUUCCGGACACUCAGCUGGUACUUUCUGAUUUGUGUCAAUUACUUCUUCUAUGGUGAAACGGUGGCGGAUUACUUCGGGGCUCUGGUGCAGAGGGAGGAGCCUCUGCAGUUCCUGGCCCGUUAUCACCGCUUCAUCUCCUUUGCCUUGUAUCUGGCAGGUUUCUGCAUGUUUGUGCUGAGUUUAGUGAAGAAACAUUACCGCCUGCAGUUUUAUAUGUUUGCUUGGACCCAUGUGACCCUGUUGAUUGUGGUAACUCAGUCCCACCUUGUCAUUCAGAACCUGUUUGAAGGGAUGAUCUGGUUUAUAGUCCCCAUCUCCAUCGUGAUCUGCAACGACAUCAUGGCCUACCUGUUCGGCUUCUUCUUUGGCAGGACUCCACUCAUCAAGCUCUCACCCAAGAAGACCUGGGAGGGCUUCAUCGGGGGCUUCUUCUCCACCGUGGUCUUUGGCUUCAUUCUGGCCUACCUGCUGGCUCAGUUCCAGUACUUUGUGUGUCCCGUCGGCUUCAACAGUGAGACCAACGGCUUCACGGUGGAAUGUGAGCCCUCGGACAUCUUCGUGAUGCAGGAGUACACUCUGCCUGCCGCUGUGCAGAACUCCCUCAACUGGAAAAACGUGAACCUGUACCCCUUCCAGAUCCACAGCAUCUUCCUCUCCUCCUUCGCGUCUCUCAUCGGGCCGUUCGGCGGCUUCUUCGCCAGCGGAUUCAAGCGAGCCUUCAAAAUCAAAGACUUUGCCAGCACCAUCCCCGGCCACGGCGGCAUCAUGGACCGCUUCGACUGCCAGUACCUCAUGGCCACCUUCGUACACGUCUACAUCGCCAGCUUCAUCAGGGGUCCGAACCCCAGCAAGGUGCUGCAGCAGCUGCUGAUGCUGCAGCCGGAGCAGCAGCUCAGCAUCUUCCACACGCUGCACUCCCACCUGAGAGAGCGCGGCAUGCUGCCCCCCGCCGCCGGCUCCACGCAGCCCACCGAGUGACCGGACCACGUGCGCAGAAGUGGGUGUGAGAGGUCAAAAAAAUAUAUAUAUAUAAAAAAACAAGCAUGCGCACACACACACGCAGAAACAUCUCCAUCAACACACCGAUCGACCAUCGUCAUCCUGUCGGCUCCUCAUUCAGACUCUCUGAGGAGAAGGUGUAGUGUAAAGAAAACAAAAAACAAAUCCAAACCGGACUGAUUGCUUUGGGGGUCUUCAUCCUGAGACCUCAGAGUGAGAUGAGGACGGUGAAGCACACGGCUGCUUCCUCUCUGCACCCACAGAAUUUGCACUGACUUCAGCUGGAGGGAGAAACUGUUUAAAGAAGCUUCCACCAGCAGGAACUCGACCCCCUCUGUUCAGGGGGUGUUGUGGGGGUGUCGGUGGUCCCAGUGGUCCCGGACCGCCGCCAGCAGACUGAGGACGCUCGUCUUUCUGCGUUUGGGUGAAGCUUUAAGACACUGUUUCCUGGACGGGAUGUUCAUCCUCCACCUCCUCCACCUUUAACCUGUAGCUUCCAGUAAAACCUGCACAGACCCUGACCCCCCCCGACCCCCCCCGGUAGGCAUGCUAACACCAAUCACUCGGCACUGGAACGAAUGUACUGUACAUAAAUAUAAAGAACAUAUUUAGCAGAUAACUUAUAUAUAUGCAUAUAAGUACUUAUGCAACCUGCUGCCGGAAAAGAAAAAAAAAACAAACUCUGAGAAAUGAUAUGCAACAAAAAAAAAAGAAGCAUUAACUCAUUUGUAGCUUUUAGCAUGAACAAAUUUGAACAGCUAGCUAGUUUUUUGCUCUGAGUUAGCUGCUUGUUUAGAGGUUUUUCUGGGUGUGAUUUCACUGGAGAUCGCAAAGAAAAGGAAUGAGAAGAAAUGUGGGGAAUAUAAUCAGUUCUUUACUUUUAUUUCUGAGGGAUUUUACCCACCAGGGGGCGUCACGAAAGAACCACAUCAUGUAGCGCUGCAGCUAGGUUUUAGCAUCGGGAGUUCGUUUACCAGCCGUGAUUUUAAUCUAGACUUGUGCUCCAAAGAAAUAUGUAUCUUUCAACUUUUGUUUAUGCCAUGAAUCGACAUCAAUAGACUCUUUAUUAAAUGUUUCAUUCUAGCAACAAAUUUAUCUCGGCUCAUCUGAAAAAAUAUCAAUACUGUAAAGUUAAGUAAUGUAUUUAUCACGCAGGCAAAAAUAACUUUUUAAUUUUGUCCCCAAAGUAUUUUGCUUACAUAUUUUGUUCAUGAUUCUAAACAUUUGUAGUCUUCUCAAUAGUACCUUUUCUUAAAAAAAAAAGAAAAAUUUUUCACAGUGAAUGAAGGCUUUGAUCAGUUAUCUGGUGGGAACCAUUUAAGCACAGAAGCAGCUUGCAGUUGUUCUGUAACGCGGAUAAAUCCUUUUUUUUUUCUUUUCGUGACGUCCUGGUUGAGUAAAGGCUCUCAGACUGUUUUCACACUGUUCCUCCGUUCGAACCAAAGCACACAAACAAACCAGAAAGUUUGACGGUGAAACCAGCAACGGAGCAAUAUUGGGUUUUAAAUGGAGGCUGUAGCUUUUGUGAAUCUGAAAAACAGAUCAGAAGCUGCAGGUUGUAGUUUUCUAGACUAGUGCAAACUGUAAAAUAUUUAAAGACGUUCUAACUGAACGCUCGCCACGGCCUUGCAGUACCGCUCUCCACCACACGGCGGAGCCUCAUCUAAUACUAGCUAGCUAUCAAACUGUUCCUGGCUCACCGGCGCCACCCACUGCACAAAAUAUUAAAUCGAGCAGCAGGGAGCGCCAGUUUUCACAUCUGUCUCAAAAAAAAAAAACAAAAAACAAACCUGCAAAGGCGUGAGCUUGUAAUAAUGUGAGUUUAUUUCACUUUGGGGUCCUCAGAGUUUGGUUUGAAAUAUGAUUCUUUUUCCCUUUCAGGGUUUUUAGAUCAGUUCAAGGUUCUGUGAUUAAGUUUGAAUGUAGUUUGUUAAACAGAGUGUUAUCGAUGAUAACUUUAGGUUUGAUUACGUGUGUGUAUAUAUAUCGUACGGUACGUACACAUGUUUUUGAGUAUCUAGAAUAUUUGGGAAGGGUUUUUUUUGGGUAAUAUAGCAUCUUAUGCAAGAGGAAGUUUGACGGUUUGGAAUGAGGGUGGGAUCAUGCGGAGUGAGUGGCGUUGAACCGAUGAACCGUCGCAACGUUCAGAUGAUCCGACCCGACCAGGCUGCGUCUCAGAUCACUUCAUUCAGGAGCCGUCACAACACGUGUGCACGUGCUCGUGCACGGCCACUACAAAUUUAAGAUGCAUUCACCAGUUUGGAAGUGAAAAUGUCCAAUUUGACAUGCAGAAAAAAUGAAAAUUCAAAACGUUCCUCUAACUGUUCAGCGUCAGAAUGUUAAAAAUCAGAGGCUAACUUAAUGUUUGACAGUUUUCUGCUCGUACGAUGUUUGAUGAGGUUCAUGAGUCAAACUAAAAUCGGAUUUAUUGGUUUUAAUGAGAAAAAAACCCCUCAUUUCACAGCCAAACUAGAAUUACUGAAUACUUUAAGAUUCUGGUGAAUGUUCAGCUCGAAGUCCCUUAAUCUGCGCUGUCGCUGCUCCUGGAGAUCAGUUCAGGACUCAUAUCGGCAAACGGAAGGAGGCGAUUUGAGACGCAGCUCUGAUGUUUGCUGAGGAAUAAAAUAAAGAAACGUUUACCAAAGCACUGAUCAACACUGGUUCUGUUGUGUGAGUGAAGAAGCUCCAGGAGGAGGAGGAGGAGCGUCUGGAGCCGCGCUGCAGAGCUGGCGUUAGCUAGCGUUAGCUGACAUUAGCCUGGGCAGCCUCAUGUGCAAUGUGAGCUCACAGAAUGUCACUUUCACACUUCUGUUCUAAUUUAUUUGUUGAGUUUGUGUUUUUAUUUCUCCUAGAAGUGCAUUUUUUUUUGUGUGGAAAUCCUGGUGUGAGCUGGGCGGGGGGUUUAGGGGACCAGCUGUAACCGUACUGUAGAAAACUCUAACACACACACACACACACACACACACACACACACACACACACACACACACACACACACACACACAUACACACACACACAAUUGAAAUGGUACGUUACAGUGAUC